UCACUAUGGCGAAUGGAUAAACAAACAGAGCCCAAUGGGUAGGAAAGCAGCAGUAACGGUGAACACAUCUGCCCUUUAGUGACUAACACCAGUCCGGUGACUGGUGGAGGGUUUUCUGCAGGGUGUGCUCUCGGGACACGGAUGCUGUCAGUGCGAAUAGAAAUGAAAAGAGCGAAAAUAGUUUGCUUCUCCACACUGAGCACCUCGGUUUUAGCAGCCGAUGAUACAGGCUAAGCGUUACUGGACUCCGGACCCUUUCUUCUCCUUCUGACCGCUUCUCUGGGCUAAACAUGGAAGGAGCAGAACACUAACUAACACCUUAGCUUCAGAUAUCACUCAGCUGUUUUCAUUUUGUUUUUUACUUCAGUCGGUUUUAUUUCGCUCGUAUUUUUUCUUAUUAUUAAGUCGAGUUGAUCUGCCUUAAUAAUGUUGACAGGAUCCAAAACCACCUUCAAAGUGAGGCAAAUGCUACCAGAUAUCAAGGAGAGGAUGCUGAGUCAGAGUGGAGUGAGCGCAAGGAGUCGAGAUGUGCUCGGUCUCCGCUGCCUACCAGGCGAGUGUGUUCUUCAGCGAGCUGUUAUGGUGAGGAAGAAGCUCUCUGCCAGGGAAGGAAGAGGAUGGGUGUCAGGGACCCUUUUCUGUACCCACUUCAGAGUGGCCUUCGUGCCCCAGGACAGCCCCAAACCUGACGACAAUGCAGACCCAGUGCUUUUAGGAGAUCAUGAUGUGGCGCUGGCGUCCAUAGAGAAGGUUGUGGNCGAUCUUUUGAAAAUCACGUGA